AUGAUUGAGGCCGACGCUCUGCUUCCACAUGAGAUCAUAGAAUAUGUUUACGAUUGUGAUGAGCUGCGCCAAGUCGCUGAGCUUCAGUGGAAGGCUAUGGUGGAGGACAUCUACUUGAAGCAAGGCAAGUUUAGAAACUGCUUGGCCAUAUGCGACGUCUCCGAGAGCAUGAAGAGGGUUCCUCUGCAUGUGUCAGUGGCUCUGGGGCUUUUGGUGUCUGAACUGAACCAGGAGCCGGCAUGGAAAGGAAAGGUGAUCACUUUCAAUCGAAACCCUCAGUUGCUUGCGAUACAAGGGGAUGAUCUCAGGUCCAAAUGCGCGUUUGUGAGGAGGAUGGACAGCCAGGAGUGGCAUUGCAAGGUUGAUUUUCGAAAGGUAUUUGAUUUGAUUCUGCAAGCGGCUGUAAAUGGGAAUUUGAGACCAGAGCAAAUGAUCACCAAGGUGUUUGUGUUCACCAUCUACUUUGACUUUGAUGAGAUUUCGGCCAAUCGAUGGGAGAGUGAUUAUGAGGCAAUACAAUCAAGUUCAAAGAGAAAGGAUACGGGAAUGUGGUGCCACACUUGGUGGUUUGGAAUCUAA